CUCUUACUAAUAAUUGAAAAUCGCGGUUUGCGGCAUGCGGCAUGCGGCAUGCGAGUCAUGAUUCGCGGCCCCUGAUUGGCGGAAUAGCAACGGCGACGGUAUCAGAGACGCGUGCGCGACGGCGCCGCAUCAUUCCAAAGUUCAGGAACAGGAAGACCACCACCACCGGAACUUGAACCUACAUACAUAUACCUGAAGCCCACAGUAUCCUGUCCACGUAUCGUCGCUCUCCUCCAAAGCAAUCAAUCACCUUAUUUCCCUCCGACUACCGCUAAUACUGCCUGCCACACUCACUACCUUUGGAAUCACGAAAAGCGCGGCACGCGGCACAUCUUUCCAUUGAACCAGCCGACUACCCGCGGGGUACGUACAGUACAUCCAUACGCACGCGAGAUAACCUACCUUGAGUUUUCGGUCUAGACCUACAGUAAAAGCCUCUCGACAACUUGAACCACGUGCAGGGGUAUACUAUCGCUCACCUCGACGAUUUUCCUCCCAACGGUCCAUGGUGAUCUGAUCUGAUCUGGUCUGGUCUGGUCUGGUCUGAUCCUAGUAUCCAAUGCAAUGCACGGAGAAUUAGGAAACAAGCUUGUCCAAUAUGCCAAACGCACCCUCCACCUCCCCUCUUUACCAGCCUACCAAACCGAACUAGUCCGCCAAAUCGUCCGCGAAGUCCGCGACCUCGACCGCGACGUGACGCGGAUCUUGGAACCGUAUAACACCAUCACCACCAUCGUCGACGACGAGACGGGCGAAACAGUCCAAAGCACACAAAGCACAUUUGAUCCCGCGGCUCAUCCGGCCACGGCAUGUGCGUUACUAGUUGAUCAUCUUAGCAUGAGGAGGAAUAAACGGUGUUUGUUGGCUUAUCAUCGGGUGAGGGCGGAACGGUUGGAAAAUAUGGCGUGGUUGGGAAGGGAUGUGGUUGAAGAAUUACACAACGAAGCUCCUGAGCGGAGCGAGGGUGGAGAAGCAACUCAUCAUGAUAAUAAAAAGGAAACGACAACGGGGAGUGCCGGCAAUUCUGACUCCCUGAGUGCAGAAGAAGAAUCCUAUUUUCGGUCAUACGUCGAUCUACUCGCCCAAUAUAAAGGACAAUGGACGGACGUCGAUCUCACAGGGCCACUGGAACCACCGAGGGAUUUGUUCAUUGAUGUGAGAGUGCUGAAAGAUGCAGGGGAGAUACAGACGGAAUAUGGGGCGAUAAAUUUGACGAAGAAUAGUCAGUUUUAUGUGAGGCAGGGGGAUGUGGAGAGGUUGAUUCAGAUGGGGUUUUUGCAGAGGUUGAGUUGAGUUACGCAGGGAUGAUCCAAAGAGCAAGAGAGGGGAAGGAGAUACACGUCUCUCUCUCUCAAGUUGGGGUAUACUUAUCUGUCGUGCGGUCUGACUGUAAGUCUGGCUCGUUAGUUUCCUGGCUGCAGUGGUUGGGUAUCUGAUGAGCUGGUUUGGACGAUCAGAGUCGAUAUUGAGCAUCAGUUGAUGCUUUAUUGGUGCCCAGAAAAAGGAGAGACAUCGGUCUAUUAAUGGCUCAAAUGUCGAGACAUAAGAUGCGACAGGGCGGCCUUGACUUGGCUGUCAUGCAUAUUGAAGGGGCGGUGAUGACAGGAGUACCUUAUGGUUCCUUUGGGUAUGAUAUGGUAUAUUAUGGUGAACUGGCAGUGCUACGGCAGAUGGCCAUAUGACUGUGUCAAUGAAAGGGGAAGAGGAAACAAUUACGCUCUCGAGUUCCGUCCUCGCUCACUGCAGUCGAUGCGAGAGUGGCAUUUAUCCACGUCACUGACGGUCUCCCCAGGUAGAGGUACUUGAUGACUGCUGUGGACAUGUACCGUUAUACAGUAUAUGGAUGUAUAUCUUCGUGGGUAGAUAGUGGCACUUUGUCGCACAGUAUAUAUCAGGCGGCUACUACGAGGCUGUGUUCGAGGGUUAAGUCACUCUAGUCAAGUCAGUCAGCUCACGACAUGACAUGACAUCCAGGGAUGCUACGAACGAUGAAGCGAUGAUGGUAAGGUAAACCAUUUCAUUGAAUUGAGCUUAUUUUUUUGCUUUUCGCAUGAGCCUGUCACAAAGACUCCAGUCUCCUGGAGUCGCGUAC